UGAAGGAAGAAGUUCAUGAGACAGAAAUAACAGUUGAAGAACAGCGUGUCGGUCUGAACAGCAGUGAUGACCCUCAGCGGGAUUUUUUUUCUCUUGGAGUGAAGUGAUUGGGGUGUGAAGCUGAACUUGUGCCAAGGUUAAAUAUGUAUGAAGGUGUUCCUGCAGUUCCUAUACGUCUUAAUUAAUUGAGAACAGGGGCAGCUUUACUUUUUAUAUAGAUGAAACAUUUAUUCAGAAGUUAAUCAUCAAAAAAUAUUAAAAUAACACCUGAAGUGUAUAUCAUUUUAGUUUGAAUUGUAUUGUUCUCAUGGUUGUUGGACAUUUGUACCCACAUAACUCUUUGAAGUUUUUAUAUAUUGAUAAAUGGUCAGUUCAAAAUAAAUAGCUCCCUGCUUUUCUGUUUGGGAGGUCCUGCAUUCAAAUCUCAGCCUGGAGGUGGCUGUCCUGAUUAAGGUUUUGUGGUUUCAUUCAGUCUGUAAGAAAAUGUCAGUUCAGUAACUCAAAAUUUGGUAUGACCAUGUUAUUUCAUGUCUGCCCCACAUCAUUAUUGAGUAAUCAUCCUACAAUUUGACAGUAUAUUGUCUUAACUUCUGAAAGUGUCAUUAAAUAAACAAAAAAUAAAUACAUAUGAAAUUAACAUUUCUGUUUUCAUAAUUGUGUUUGACAUUAUUGAAGUUUUCUCAGUUAAAUGGUUAGGACAGACUUAUUGAGCUGUGACGCUAAAAAUGAUUUAUUAACACUAUUUCAGGCCGGAUGCUCAGUGUACGGAGCAAAGCCCUUGUGAUCAUGACGAAACGAAAAACAUCGACCAUAAAGGGUCAGCUUUUCACAUUGUCACAGAUGAAACACAACCAGUAAAAAAGUUUGUGUGUGAUGUGUGUGGUAAAAUGUUUCGCAUGAAGAAUGCUCUGAAGCGACACAUGGUAACUCACAGCGAUGAUAGACCAUUCUCCUGUGAUGUAUGUGGGAAGCAAUUUCAUCUUAAACAGAGUAUGAAACUGCAUUGCAAGAUUCAUUCUGCUGAGAAAUCAUACUCAUGUGUAGAAUGCGGAGCUUGUUUUACACAGAGCAGUGGCCUUUAUAGUCACAUGAAGACACACGGUGUAGAGAGGCCAUACUCCUGUGUAGACUGUGGUAAGAAAUUUAUUAGAAUGACACACUUGCAGGCACAUCUGGUGUGCCAUACAGGGGAACGGGCAUUUAACUGCACUCUGUGUUCUAAAACAUUUGGACGUGCUGAUAGCUUAAAAGAACACCUGGGAAUUCAUGCAGGUCGGAAACCUUUUCUCUGUACAAUUUGUGGAAAGAAAUUUUCAAAGAAUCAUAAACUUAAGACUCAUGUAUAUACACAUUCACAGAACAAGCCACAUGUCUGCACUGAAUGUGGUAAAACUUUUGCUAGGAAAGAUCGGCUGAAAGAUCAUCUCACUGUGCACUCUGGAAAACGUCGAUUUGUAUGUCAAGAAUGUGGCAAAGGUUUUGUAAGGAAAGAACAUCUGAACUAUCAUUUAAAUAUACAUGGAAAACAGAAAAAUCUAUAACUUAUAAAGUGUUUUUCCUGUUAACUGAUGUACCUAAAAAGAUGCUGAAUUUUUUGCUGGCUGCAGUUCUGUCUCUUUAUAUUGUAGCAUAUAGAUCUGUUACUAAGUAGUGAAUCGUCUGCAACAUACACACACACAACAAUAGAAGUACGGUGUUUUCUAUGUGGUCCGUGCCGUGACCAUUGCUAUGCCAUGUCGCAGUAAACACUCCUCUACAACAAUAGAGGCCGUUUUCUGUGUGGUCGGCACGGAGGCUAUGUAACAACACUUUUUUUUAAUUCGCUUAGUGGGGGGUGGAGUCCAACUGGGUCGACUUGGCGUGGUGGCCACUGAUUGG